AUGGCAUUGUAUCUUCUCUACGAAUCUGCGUCUGGAUACGGACUGUUUUUGGCCCACGGUAUUGAUGAAAUUGGGCAAAACACAGAGGCUGUUCCCCUUGAUGCUCUCAACCAGUGCAAUGCCGUCUCUGAAGGCCAAAUGACAGAAGAACUGAGAAACUUCUUGGAGCUCAGCCUUCCUAAAGUCAAAGAAGGUAAGAAACCAAAGUUCAGCUUAGGAGUAGCCGAUCCAAAAAUUGGGUCUCAAAUACAUGAAGAAACCAAGAUCCCCUGCCAAAGCAACGAGUUUGUUCUCGAGCUCAUUAGAGGCAUCCGUUUGCAUUUUGAUAGAUUCAUCGACAAUCUCAAGCCUGGUGACUUGGAGAAAGCACAACUUGGUCUCGGCCAUAGCUAUAGCAGGGCAAAAGUCAAGUUCAAUGUUAACCGUGUUGACAAUAUGGUUAUUCAAGCAAUUUUCCUUCUAGAUACUCUUGAUAAAGAUGUCAAUUCGUUUUCCAUGAGAGUCAGAGAAUGGUACUCAUGGCAUUUUCCUGAGCUAGUCAAGAUAGUGAAUGACAACUAUUUGUAUGCUAAACUUGCAAAAUUUAUAGAGGACAAAUCAGAGUUAUCAGAAGAUAAAUUAUCAGGUCUAGUAGAUAUACUCGGUGAUGAAGAUAAAGCAAAGGAAGUGGUUGAAGCUGCCAAAGCAUCAAUGGGGCAGGAUUUGUCACCUGUUGACUUGAUCAAUGUGAAGAUGUUUGCUCAGAGGGUAACGGAGCUUGCUGAGUAUAGAAAGAAGCUCCUCACAAAUCUCGCCAAGUGUCCUUCAUCUACCCUUCAAAUCCUUGGUGCUGAAAAGGCCCUUUUCAGGGCUUUGAAAACUAAAGGGAACACUCCGAAAUACGGGCUUAUUUUUCAUUCAUCUUUUAUUGGACGUGCAUCUGCUAAAAACAAGGGUCGAAUGGCUCGAUAUCUAGCAAACAAGUGUUCUAUUGCUUCUCGAAUCGAUUGUUUUUCAGAGAAAAGUAGUACGUCAUUUGGUGAUAAACUUCGUGAACAAGUUGAGGAGCGACUUGAUUUUUAUGAUAAGGGUGUUGCUCCUCGUAAAAAUAUUGAUGUCAUGAAAGCUGCUAUGGAAAAUGAUUCAAAUCAAGAUACAGAAAUGGAGGUGGAAAAUUUUUCAUCAAAGAAAAGCAAGAAAAAGAAAUCUAAAGAUAAUGAGGCUAGUGAUGAUGGUGAUAAAGAAAAUACGGCUGCAAAUGGAGAAUCUAAAUCUGAAAAGAAGAAAAAGAAGCGAUCACUUGAAGAAAGAUCAGAGUCCAAUGAGAAUGGCAAAGAAAAUGGGUGAAGAAACUGAAAAGAAGAAAAAGAAAAAGAAGAGCAAAGUCGUUGAGGUGGUUGAUGCUCCUACUGCUGUUAGUGAAGGCAAGAAGAAGAAGAAGAAGAAGAAAUCAUCUGUAGAGUGAAGAAGAUGUGUAGAUCCGAAUUUAGGGUUAAAUUGUGUUGUUUCCUAGCCAAGAACAAGCUAGGUGACUUCACAUCGAAUUUUGUUGCAACUUGGAAACUUAUAUUUGUGAGAUUUUUGGGUUUGUGGUGAAUCCUUGGUAUGCUAUC